UUUUCACUGAUAUUUCAAGAUGAAGGACUAUGAGGAAACUAUUGCGUUUUUAGGGGAGUGGGGUACUUUUCAAUGGCUGAUUUUCAUUGCCCUGGGUCUAGGUGUGGUACCCAAUGGAUACUGGCCUGUAUCAAUGGUCUUUGUGGGAGACAUCCCUCCACAUCACUGCAGGGUUCCAUUCCUGAAUAGCAGCUAUGGAGAACAAGACUAUAAUCUGUCCAUCCCGACUGAGGAGCUGAAAGGAGAGAUCAUCCUGAGUCGCUGCAGACGCUACACUGAAAAGAGAGACUCUUACUCUGCCUACAGCAAUGACACAGAGGGCUGUGUGGAUGGCUGGGUGUUCAGCAAGGAGAGAUAUGCAUCUACUAUUGUCACUGAAUGGAGUCUGGUGUGUGAUGAUGCAUGGAAGGCUCCCUUUCCAGUCACAGUAUUCUUUUUUGGAUCGCUGGCUGGAUCGUUUGGUUCAGGAAUUUUGUCAGACAGGUAUGGCAGAAAAAUCACUUUCUUCUCUGCAAAGGUCCUGCAGAUCCUCCUAGGCUUUCUUCUGGCAGCCUCUACCAGGUGGGAAAUGUUCUGUGUGCUUUACUGUGCUCUUGGAGUGAUGACCACCACCACGUACUGCGUUUGCUUUGCACUUGGGUCAGAGAUACUCAUCAAAUCAGCACGUGAGAGUUUUGGAAUCCUGGUCGCUGUUCUUUAUGGCGCUGGCUACACCAUCCCGCCAGUCUUAGCAUUCUUCAUUAGGGACUGGAGGAUACUGCAGACAGGACUGUCCCUGGUGGUGUUUAUUUAUAUCCCCCUGUUUUGGUACAUCCCAGAGUCCCCCCGCUGGCUCAUCACCCAGGGCCGGUUACAGGAAGCAGAGGCCAUCAUUCGAGCUGCUGCCAAGAGGAACGGCAUCACUCCCCCAGAGAAAAUCUUCCAGCUGGAGCACAGUGCAGACACUAAGGCAACGGAACAUGUUGAGGACAGCUGUAAGUUCACAUAUUUGGACCCACUGAAAAAGGGAAAUGAUAGGAUCAGCGUCAUCACUCUCCCAGAGGACAUACUCCAGCUGGAGCUCAGCUCAGACACUAAGGGAACUAAACGUGGAUCCAGUGGUCGGGACAAGUACACUUGGCUGGAUCUUCUAAAAAAUCAAAAUAUGAGAAACAUCACCUUUAUAAACAUCCUAACCUGGUUAACCAUAUCCCUGACAUAUUUUGGCCUGUCUCUUGACAUCUCCAAUCUGGAUGGGGAUCCAUGUGUCAACAGCCUCAUCUCUGCUGCUACAGAGUUCGUUGGUUGUGUUUUUUUGUGGUUUUCCAUACAUUACGCUCCUCGUCGGUUUGUUCUGCCAUUCACUCUGCUUCUUGGAGGGGCCUUGCAGCUGUUCAUCCAACUUGUACCCAAUGAGCUCAGUGGGUUGAUCAUCACAUUGGUAGUGACAGGAAGACUGGUGAUGAUCGGGGCCUUUGGAUUUGUUUUCGUCUAUUCCUCGGAACUCUUUCCCACCGUUGUGCGCGGUAUGGGAUUGGGUGUCAGCUCCAUGGCCGGCGGAAUUGGAUGUGCUCUCUCACCAUACGUAGCCCAUAUUGGUACAUAUAACAAGACACUUCCCUUUAUUCUGAUGGGCACUAUCUCGCUAUUCUCUGGUGGUCUGAGCCUGUUGCUACCAGAGACAAAAGGUGAAAAACUCCCAGAGCUCAUCAGCCAAGUCAAACCUCUCCAGGGUUGUUGCCUCAAGAUGAAGUCUGGUGAUGGAAUCCGCGUAAAUGGACAUGUAGAAUAGACGAAACAAUAAAAGAAACAAGAGGCUGGCGUCGACAAAAUUUGAAGAUAUUUUAACUAGGGCUGAGACUCGAAUAAACAUUUUAAUCGAACUAA